AUGGAUGACGACGACCAGUUCGAGUCCUGGCCUCGCAAAUCUGCCCGCAUCCGCGAUCGAGAAGCCACCAAGGCCGCCGAAGCUGCCAAAGCGUUGCAAGAGAAGGAGAACGAGUCGAAGCAUCAACAACGGGCCAAGCGCCGAAACCCCCCUUCUGCCCAGGUCCAGACACUCAAUCGAGCCAAGGCCGUUCAAGCCAAGGCUGUUCAAGCCAAUGCUACCCAAGCUGCCCACGGGAAGUCAACUACUUCUCCUUCUCGUUCUGCCAUGCUCAAGACCACCCAAGCCAAGAUUACUCAAGCAAAGCCCAUUCAAGCUGACCCCGGGAAGUCAGCUAUUUCGUCUACUCGUGCGGCUACUUUCAAGGCCAUCCGAGCCAAGGUCGAGCAAGCAAAGACCGAGCAAGCUGCCACCCCCCAUGAAAAGUCAACUCCUUCUUCUUGGCGCGCUACUGUCUCCUCGGUGUCGUUGUCUUCAACUCAGUCCGGUCCCUUCCAGCCCUGUCUUGACCCCGAAAAUAUCGACGUCGAUGUCGAAACCGAUGCUGAGGCUGCCUAUGUCACGGCUGUCGGCACCCCAAACUCCUCCUUGUCGUCUCCAUUAUCCUGUGGCACGGUAAUGGGCAAUGGUGAUGAGGACCUGGGUGUGGAUGAGAGUGACUGCGAUAUGAAUGCCGACUCUGAGAAUGAUGGGGAAGCAGAGGAGGAGGAUGAUGAUGAAGAGAUGCCUUCUUGUCUCGAAAUGCGUAUCCGCCCGAGUGUAUCCGGCAAGACUCUUCCUGGCGCUCGAACUCGUUCGCACCCUCGCUCUCACAGUCUUGGCAGCUAUGCUGAGGAGGACGGUGAUGAAGAAGGUCGUGAUGACGACGGGGUUGAAAGAGGUACUGGUGAAGACGAAGACGAAGAUGAAGGUGGUAGUGGAGACGAUGGUGAUGAGGAUGACGAACUUUUGUCCGAUACCGCCAGUGAAAGCUCCGAGCUCGAGUACUCUGAUGAAGAGUUGGACUACCCUGACGAUGAGGACUACGUAUAUGUCCCUUUGACAGGUAGAGAAUAUGCGGGAAGGAUGAUGAGAAAGUUCUUUGAGAGGUUUAUGGAGAGCAAAGAGUAUCUCCUCACCCCUUUGUCCUUUGUCAUCUACUGGAUGCCUACCACCGUCGAUGACAACACUCCCGAGGACACGUUUGAUCUCUACACCUUGCCUCUCAAGGCUAUGGACCGUGAAUGGGAUAAGGCUGAGGUGGUUGAUACCCUGCGCUCCGAUCAGGUCGCGCAUUGGCUGCAGAUCUCUAUUGGGAACCUCCUUGGGUUCUUGGUCCAGGCUACUCCUUCCGAGAUGAGCCGGUUGAACUAUUACUUGCACUUUCGACUUGACCUCAUGCGGACCAUGCAAGCCAUGCCAAGCUGCUUCGGGUGGCUCAACACAGACGACGACCCCCAGCCAGGCGACCCCGUCUACGAAGUCCUCCACCGUUUCCGCUCCCUCGACGAUGAGCAACAACGUCUCCUCCUCUGGUGCAUCAAGAAGGAGACCCGCAUCCGCCGCGAAGCCGACGCGCGUAACAAAAUCGACACCAUGCCCUACCGCCCCAUCGUCCAUGACGACUUUGACACCCGCGCCCAGCUCGAUUAUCUCCUCAAGACCUGGGACAUGCAUCGAGCCCGCACAUCCCCCGUCAUCGAGUUCCGCGCAUCCAAGAGGUUCUUCCCUGACUUUGUCGAUCUCCGCGCGAGGAACCGUUGGUUUGUCAAGGUCGAGGUUACGGAGGAGUCGUUGGAGGCGUUGACGCCGAAGGAGGUCCUGGAUACGAUUAAGGCAGAUCAUGAGUUCUUGCAUCAGCUUGAUUCAAGUCGUGCUGACUACCAAGAGUCCAAGAUGGUUGAGGAUGAGGUCGUCAUGGCUGCCCAAGACCCUCGUUUCCCGUUGGCACUUAUGGUUAACCCCCCUGCGCAAGCGCCAGCUCAAGUCCCCGGAGUACGCGCCUCUCCUCCGCAACCACGUGGACCUCCUCCCCUAUGUAUUCUCCUGCCUCCGCGUGGACCGCCACCCCCUCCAUGUCAACACAUGCAACAGCAGGUCACUGGCGGCCGCCCUACCUUCCAUACUUCUGCCUCAACUAUCUCCAUGAUGGCGCCUAUGCCACUUCCACACAUUCCAUUUCAAAACAUCGACGGGAACUCAGCCGCCCAGGCUUCUGCCUCAACUUCUUCCAUGGCGGCGCCUCUGCCUCUUCCGUCACACAUGCAAGCCCAAAUUACCAGUGUCGACCUAGCUCUCCGGGCCUCUGCUUCGACUACCCCCAUGAUGGCACCUCGGCCUCUUCCGUCACACAUGCAAGCCCAAACUACUAGUGUUGAAUCAGUCCUCCAGAUCUCAGCAUCGACUACACCCAUGCCUUUGCCCAUUGCAUACAUCCCACUGCAGACAACCAGCGGCGAAGCCACCCUCCAGGGUUCUGUCUCGACUACCCCAUUGCUGGCGACUCAGGCUCUCCCUCCUCAAUAUAUGCAGCUUCACACCACCGGUUAUGGUCCAGGCUUCCAAGGCUCUAUCUUGGCUGGACCCAUGGGGCCACCUCCAGUUCUUCCUCGUCCUCAGCAAUAUCAGCAACCUCUUCAUCCCCAGCAAUAUUUUCAACGUCAGCAAUCUCUUCACCCCCUGCAACCUCUUUAUCCUCAGCAACCUCUCCACCCUCUACAACGCCCACCACCACCCCUUCAGUUCCGCCAACCAAUACCGUCCCUCACCAUGAAUGCCAGCACCAGUGCCCUCCUCCACCGUAGGGCCCUAAAAGUCAUUUCGACCGACGAUAACUGGUGGCGCCACGAGCUCCUCCAAAUCAUGGAAUUCCAUCGCAAAAACUCGCCUACUACCCCACUCCAAUUCGACCUCCCCUUCAUGAACCAACACAUUGUCGAUCUCCAACGAGAUGUCCAGCGUGAGAGGCAGAGGUCUUUUGUGAGGAUCCUUUGCCAGAAGGCGCUGGUUGAUCAGCAGAGGCGGCGGGAGCAGGAGGCUGCGGCGAGGCAGCAGCAGGAGAUUCUGUUGCAGUUGGAGGUUGAAAGGCUGUUGAGGGAGCAGCAGCGACAGCAACAAGAGGCGAUGGCGGUGCAGUUACAGCAGGCCCUUCAGCCGUUGUUUGACCAGCAGCAACAGGAAGCUAUUGGGUUCGAGAUCCAGCGGAUGGUGGAGAUUCAGGGAGCGGAUCAGCGGCAACAGCAGCACCAGCAGAGCCUGCAAUAUUUGGCGGACCGUAUUCAGCAGCAAACGGCAGCGGAGGAGGUCCAACAAGUGCAGCAACAGCAGCAGCAGCUAGAGCAAGGAGAGGAGCAUCGGCAGCAGGUGCGGGAGCAAGAAUCACAAUCAGCAGAACAGCAGCAGCAGCAACAGAAGUUGGAGCCCCUUCAACAGCAGGCAGGGCAACGUCCCCAACAGCAAUCGGAAGAACAGCACCACUCUUCGACAGAGCAGCACCAGCACCAGCAAUCAGCUGAAAUCGAACAACUCCAACAACAGCAACUCGCCGAGACACAACAGCUCCUGGCGGAGCAGCAGCACUUAGUUCAACAACUUCAACUCCAGCAACAGGCUGAACAGUCCCAACUCCAACAAGAGUCGGACACAGAGAUACAGCAGCAGGAGUUGGCGGCACAGCUGCAACUGAUGAUGCAACAAUGGACCCAACAACACCAGCAGCAUCAAGUGUUGUUGGAGAACCUGCAGACGCAGCAGGUUGUGGCAGACUCGCAUCAACAGCGGCUUCUGGAGCGAGUUCAACAACCUAGCCCUGCUCUCUCUACACCACCCUCUCCGGAGGCGGACUAA